AUGAUGUCUAAAACAACUGCAUCGUCACUACGACCAUACGUCUAUGAUGUCUUACCAAAGGGGGAUGCCCUCCGUUACCUCACUCUUCAUCCUGGCGGCGACAAAGAUGCGUUAGAGUGUAGCCUCCAUGCCACACUUAUGGACGAGGCACCGCUCUACGAGGCUGUAUCGUACGUUUGGGGGAUCAGUGACCUGGAAUACCCCAUCAUCUGUGACGGAAAAGUGCUAUUAAUCACCUCGAACCUGGCGAAAGUGCUCCGGAGAUCGAGGCUGCGAGUCGCCUCCCGAACCCUUUGGGCGGAUUCUAUCUGUAUAAAUCAGAAGGAUUUGAAAGAGAAGGGCCAUCAGGUCGCGAUCAUGAGCAGAAUCUACCAACGUGCCACCUGCGUUCUUAUGCACAUGGGUGAGGACUAUGAAGGACACGGAUCACGUGUGCAGAGCUUACUGGAAGAUGUGACGAGGAUGAUCGAGAACGAGCUCAAAAAGAUCUGCAGAACAACCUGGGACUCUUUCCCAUACUAUGAGAAAACACCGUUCGUGGACGAUCAGCGAUGGAUAUCUUUGAGCGUGUUUCUAAAGCAAGAGUGGUUUAAUCGCGGAUGGGUCGUUCGGGAAGCGGCUUUGGCGCAGCACGGUUGGGUGAUCUGGGGUCAAAGCGAGUUUGGUUGGACGCAAUUGAUGCUUACUCUCGUUUGGCUCCAAGUGCGGGCCUGGGAAAUUGAGGCCCAGAACGGGAAUAUAACUUCCCUUGCUCAAACCCACUUCGACGCUUAUGUCGACCAUAACAUCAGGGAAGUCUCGUGCUUCAUGAGACGCCGCGUGUGGAGGAGGAAUUCUGUUCUGGACUAUCUUGCCGCAGGAAGAAAAUUGCGUAUGACGGAUCCACGUGAUAGGCUCUACGCCUUCCUCGACAUGCCCACAGAAGAAGAGGGCCAGAUUCAGGUAGACCCGAACUAUGAAGAUGCAAUACCGAAAGUCUACCAUAGCUUUGCACGCCAAUACAUACGCACUACCAACAGUCCGAAGAUCCUGGAUAGGAUCAUUCAUGACGCUCAGUCGCUGCAAUCCAGCAUACCGACCUGGGUUCCAGACUGGGAUUACCGAGGGAGCGAGCCCACGCCGUCAAGAUUCGGGUAUGAGAAGACCUCACGUACAGGAGCUGUUUGCAAGCCAAUGUUGAUCGGGGAGAGAUUGCUCAAAGUACGUGGCGUGGUCCUUGAGCCCGUAACGUUAAUGACGAGCGUGUUUGAUGGGCCCACGACUACCACGGAAACUUUAGCAGGCAUCUGGGCAGCAGUGCGACUAUGUAAUGCGGUGAAUCCUUAUUCAAGCUCGUAUCCCAUUCAGGCAUUCAUCUCGGCUCUGACUGAAACUACAGGGAAGGGGCAUCCGAAUGCAUGGGCGCAACAAAGAACGCAUUAUCUCCAAGUUCUGGAGGGCAUCUGUAAUGCUCCAGACAGGUGGACUCAUGAGGAGCACGACCAUACAACAAGCAUGGUUCAGAAUUGGAUCAAGGCACAUGUGCAUAGUAAGAGGUUGUUCCUCACCGAGCGCGGCUACAUGGGUCUUAGUCCGGCUGUUGCUCAAGAAGGGGACAUGUGCGGCAUCAUCUUCGGUUGCACAUUGCCUUGCAUACUGCGCAAAACUAGCCAGGAGCACCAUUUCAAGUUCAUCGGUCCUUGUUCUAUACUGGGCCAGCAAACCUACGUGACAUUGGAUGGCUAUACCAAUUAUGGCCACAUCUUGGGCUCGGACGACAGCAAAGACUGGGUGGACUGGGACAUUGGAGAACAGGACAUUUAUCUCUGCUAG